AUGCACAGGAGUGCUACCACCAGCUCUGAGUUACUUGAAAACGUCAAGGCCUUUUCGGGAUUACGUUUCGCGUAUCUGUAUGUUCGAAGACUCGGAUUGCUGAACGUUGCGCAGCAUCCUCCUGCGGCCCUCGUGCGUGUAUUCCACGACCUGAAGGCUAUGCGUUCAGCAACUAUCGGUUUGAUCUGCACGGAUGUUUUCAAUCCCUGGAGGCCAAAUUUGGACAAAUCGAGGACUGAUUUCGCUAGAGAAUCACUAGAAGACAAGAGUAUGUGGUACGGGAAUAUGUAUAUGAUUAUUUACACAAAUUGUGUUAAUGACAAACUCCUCUUCGAGCUGGCGAAGAACAGCGGUAUUCAUACAAUGCAUCCGUUUUAUGACCUUCCUUCUAUGCUUGCGAUACCGGAUCCGAGCUCAAGGCACUAA